UUAUCGGUAAUGUCUGAAUCAAUUUUCCAGACGUGCGCUAUGAUAACAUACGCAUCGGAUGUGACGUAACAGAACAACACGGCUAAAACUAGCGCUAUAUAGCAUCGAGUAUAUGCUGAUGGUAUGUUAUUGAAAGCAAAUAUGGUGUAAUUGUGUAUUUGAAAAGCGUUUUUGCAAGGUUUUUAAAUCCCUUGUAUAAACAUAGAUUUAAGGCAUCAGUAUCAUAAACAUAAUUUAUUCAUCUCUUUGAAUACAGUAGCGAAGACCAGGUUAAUAAUACAACAAAAUGAACAUCUUAAAACAAAACGACAGUCGUUAUACAUACGCUGCAGGUAAAUACUUAAAUAAAAGUAUAUCAGCUAAAAGCGUGACUGCAACAGACCUAUGUUAAGAUUUUCCUUUAUAUACAGGCAUACGGUUAGUAACUAGAGGAAAAAAUAACAGACUGUUCUGUGUCUGUGGCGUUUCCCAAUUAUAUCUACAAGAUUCCUGGAGUUUACAAUGCAGUUAAUGCAUUAUAUUAGUAUCGCAUUCGCGUGUGCCGAAAACUUGUUUUUUAGUGGUGCAAUAUACGGGUGGCCGACGUUCGAAUAUGUCCUGAUCCAAAACGGAUAUUUUUCUCACCUCUGUCCUAACGUGACAAACGUGACGUCACUGAUGACGUGUACAGAAAGCAAAGAAAUGUUGAAUUUGGUAUUUACGUCAGCAACAUCAGUCAUGGUUAUGGUAGCCCCGUUUGGCGGAUAUAUCUUCGAUAGGUUCGGUACAUGGCUGUUUCGCUCAAUAGCAACCAUGUUUCUAACUCUUGGUGUGAUUUUUCUAGCUGCAUCAACUCCAGAAACACCAAACCUGUUAUUCCCAGGGGCCAUUUCUCUCGCUAUCGGAGGUCUCCACCUACUGAUAUCGAAUCUACAGUUGGGAAAUCCGGCAGGUGGCGGUAGAGCGACAGUGAUAACCCUCGUAAACGGUUCCUUCGAUUCUGGGACUCUUUUCUUUUUGAUAGUGAAGCUAGCUUACGAUUCCGGCACAUCUCUGUGUGUUAUUUUAUCCAUAUACGCCGCGUGCAGCGUGUUCCCAUGGGUAAAAACAUACACCCUCAUGCCCAGAGAUUCUUUCCAAUACCCGAUGAAGGACACAGACGUUAAAUUCGGGAUUUACGAGCUAAAAGCUAUAAGUUGCUCGAAAACGCCCAAAACUCAAGAUAAUGAUGUCAUUGGUGACAUGGACGAACCAGAUGAACAAAAUAAAAGUCUCCUGAAAUGUCUUCUUACCCCAAUCUUUUGGACGAGUUUAAUUUACACACUGUUGUUGCAUCUUAGGGUUAUUUUCUUUCUCGGAAGUUUCGUAGAUUGGUUGCAAGCAUUUGAGCCUGUUGGAAAUAUCAGUAACUUAACUAACAUAUUUGGAAUUUUACUUUGCCUCGGAUUGUUCGUUGGUCCUAUUAAUGGCAUCAUAACUGACACUGUGACGUCAUAUAACCUCAACCGUGGGAAAAGUGUUGCCAAAUCAAAAUGGAGAGGGCUGUUCGCGUCUACGUUUAGCACGACGUUGCUAGCUGUUGGCUUCUCAAUAGCUACAGCCUUACACAACACUAUUGGUACUUUUAUAUUGUUUAUCCUAACUCGUUCAUUUUUGUAUUCAAGUAUAAGUUCGUUUAUCGCCACGGCUUUUCCGUCUCGACAUUUAGGCAAACUGUAUGGUAUAAGUAUGGCACUGGCCGGGGUUUUUGGCUUUAGUACAUACGGAAUAUUUAGCCUUGCUAAUCCGUAUGAUCCGAAAUUUAUCGUAACUAAUUACGUCAUGAUCGCCAUGGUAUCGGUCACCGUCGUCCAUUCGGUGCUUAUUUUCGUUAAAAGCCGCGCCGCCUAAUUUGUUAUGGUUUUAUGCAAUUUGAUUUUUACACGUUUGAGUAGCAAUCACAAUUUGUUGCAAAUAAAAAAUUUGUGCUAGUGGUGCGUCGUCACGCCAAUGUUUAAGACGGGACACCUUCAGUACAUAAUAUUCAUUCUGAUCGUGUUUCAAACAGUAAACAACGGUUUAUGAAAGUCGUGAGGAUACGGUUUUAUAAUUCAUUGAAUGUUCUUUGUUUACUACCAAAUGGGGCAAGCAAAUAGAACGAAAAUGUGUUCUAUCUUUUUUCAUCCUACUAUACCCUAUAUUAUUAUUAGUAUAGUAGGGUUUCAUGAGUCACUCGCUUUUAAACGAUUCGGAAAAUUCAAAAGCUAAAACCUAGACAAUGAUAAAUUAAUCUUUAAUGUGUAGUAGGGUGGAGGAGAUGGGAUAUCUUUUUAUUCUAUUUCUCGUAAGCAAAAAAACGCUACAAGAGUUAUAAAAGCGUAUUCUCACGACUGCCAUGGACUGUUGUUAAUUGUUUAAAACACGAUCAAGAUAAUUGGAUAUUAUGUUCUAAAGGUGUUCCGUUUUACCCCACAGACCGUAUAGACACUUUUAAAACUAAAAUGUUGAAAAUAUAUUACAGGCAGUUUCAAUUUUAACACCAUGUAAAUAGUUGCAGUUACAACUUUCUAUAGAGUCAAGUGUACUUAAGCGAUAAUCGAACCUGAACGCAUUACAUAAAGUAAAAAAGUACCGUCACAAUACGGAUGGCGAGAAAAUAUACAAAAAAUCGUGAAAAUAAUUAAGACUUGAACGUAGAAUAUACAGUAGGAGUGCUCGAG